GCCCAUGGAAAGGAACCAAACUUGUCGAAGAUUCCAGAAAUAAACAGUGCUAACGCCAGAGAUUGUUAGUGUUUUCAUAACAUACACUACAUCAAAAUGCAGAAGCUUCGGUUUUAUGAAAAAAAGUAUUGUUUACUAUAAAUGGAAGAUUUAUAUCAGUGACAAUAGAGGAUUAAGUCUUCUUGGAACUUGAAUGACAUCUUCCAAGCAAAUAUUUUAUAAUGUACAUGCAAGGAUGUUGCUUUAUGUUCAAGGACUUGUGAUAUAACCAGUCCAAAAAGAACUGCACAGUGUGAUAACCAGUCCACAAAGAACUACACAUUGUUAUAACCAGUAUUAAAGAACUGGGCAUUUUGAGUACCAGUCCAAUAAGAACUAGGCAUUGUGAUUACCAGUCCACAAAAAACUGCAUAAUGUUAUUUAAUAUUACCAGUCGACAAAGAAUAACACAUUGUGAUAACCAGUACAUGAGGAAAUGCAAAAUGUGAUACCCAGUCCAGAAAGAACUGCACAAUGUUGUAACCAGUCCUCAAAGAACUACACAGUGUGAUAACCAGUCCACAAAAAAACGUACAGUGGAAUGGAAGAAAACUGUGUGAGAAAUGGCAAGCUUUAAACUCAAUCUGAAGAAACCAGACAGAAUUCUGACGUUUGAUGACUCAGACCUGUCAGAAUGCCAUACUGGAACAGGAAGUUCGAGCACAGCACCACCUGUACCAGCAGUGACGUCAAAGGUUGUCCUUCCAAGAUCAGUGCCCAACCACUUGUUGUUGGUAUCAAUAUUGGAGCAGCUCUGUCAUAUGUAUGGCAGAGAUACCAGACAGGCACAAGAUAUUUUCAAAUCAAUAUGUGAGCAGCUGACAAAGUUGAAUGUGGUGUCUCCACUUUUAAUGCUGGAUGAGAUGAGCAGCCUUAGAGAGCAGUACAGACACAGUGUUCACAGGAUGCUGCUAGUUGCUGUUCACAAAUCUAAUAAGGGUCUCACAGGUAAACUGUCUCUACCUGCUCCUAAUGGAUUCAGUGACACAAACCUUCCUGCACUACAAAACAACAUUCCUGUACAUCCAUCGUCUAGUACUGGUGACCUUAUCAAUCAAACAUCUCGCUACAGCACAGAGUUUGUAGAAAUGGAGAAGAUAGGAAAAGGAGGGUUUGGAGCUGUCUAUAAGAGUAGAAACAAGCUAGAUGGGAAGAUGUAUGCUGUAAAAAAGGUCAAGUUCAAACACUCCAGGCCAGAAGUUUGGUUUCGGGUAUUGAGAGAAGUGAAAGCAUUGGCCAGUCUCCAGCACACCAAUAUUGUUGGAUACAACGCUGCCUGGCUGGAGUACAGUACAGCUCCAUUACCUAAACCAUCUUCUGGUGCCAGUUUACAUGACAUUUCAUUUGACACGGAGAAUCUCACAGAGUCAGAAAACGACACCGGUGUCAUAUUUCAGGACACUUGUGACGGAGAUUAUUCCCAGGGCCUUCUGCCACCUUACAAUGAUUGCCUCAGGUGGGGCACUGGACCAAAAAUCAAGGAAAUAGCUUCAAACAAUUCUAGUCAGGCAUCUUCUCCUCAAAAUACCGCGGCCAGUCCUCCAAAGAUGUUUGCAUUGAAUCAUAGAAACAAAAGUCAUAAUGAUGUGUUCGAGUAUCAGGGCAGGAAAACAUUUGGUGGUAAUGACUUCAAACUAGAUAAUACAUCAACCUUUGAAAUGGAAAAAACAUCAGUAGAAUCUCAUGCUUUGUCAUUGGUCCCAGGACACUUUGGUAAUGUGAAAACAGUACUGGAAUCUAAGGUUAAAUUUACACUAGACAAUAGUAUGUUAGAUUCUGAUAACCAGUUGGACCAAGUAGACGGCAGCACAUAUGAUCGUGGAGAUGGAAGGAAUAGACGGAGAUUAUAUAAAAGAAGUAUAAGUUGUGAUCCUGUGGCUUCGGAUGAAUUAGCUCUACCUUUAGAAGACAGCAGUAACAUUUUCCAGUUUGUAGAAACUGAGUUUCCUCUACAGAAAACUGUUACGCUAUACAUACAGAUGGAGUUAUGCAGCGUAACUUUAAAAGAAUGGAUGCAAAAAAGAAAUGAAAAAUGUCACUGUGAAAAAGAUCUCAUCCCAUAUACUGACAAAAACAUGAUCAUUUUCAGACAAAUUCUGAAAGCUGUGGAAUAUAUACAUUCUCAAGGUGUUAUCCACAGGGACUUAAAGCCCCGGAAUAUUUUUCUCCGAGAAGAAGGUCUUCAUGUGAAAGUUGGCGAUUUUGGUUUAGCGACUGAUGAUGUAAUUACUAGUCCAGUUAGUGACGAAUCCUUCAAUGCUCUUAACGUAGCUACAACAAGACUUGUCCGUACCGGCAGCAUUCUGUCUGACCAUACUUCUGGGGUUGGUACGUCAACCUAUGCUGCGCCAGAACAGCUACAGGGGUCGGGAUAUAAUACAAAAUGUGAUAUUUACAGUUUAGGCGUCAUACUGUUUGAAUUAUUCCAAAGUUAUGGAACAGAAAUGGAACGUUUCAAGAGCUUAAGUGAUUUGAGAAAAGGUAUAAUUCCAGAUGAAGUGUACACGAACUGGCCUGUACAGACACAGUAUAUUGAACUUAUGACCAGUGAAAGUCCAGAUGUCCGUCCAUCAACAAAAUCCAUGCUUGGUGGAGAACUAUUUCUGACUAAAGAGCAAGUCAUUGAUGAUAUGAGGAAAGAAAUUGAAAGUCUUAAGAAACGGUUAGUAGAGAAAGAUAAAAUGAUUGCAGAGAGAGAUUCUACUAUAGCUAAACUGAUGGUAGAACUUAAUGAUACCAGUUAUCUUGCUGGUACCAGUGUUUGAUUAAAAAUAGUGUGUUAGUUUACGUGCUGGUACCCAUGUUGAAUCAGAGAUUAUAACUGGGUUAGUUUACAUGCUGGUACCCAUGUUUGAUCAGAGAUUAUGAGUGUGUUAGUUUACAUGCUGGUACCCAUGUUUGGUCAGGGAUUAUGUUUUAGUUUGCAUUCUGGUUCCAGUAUUUAUAUGUUAGGUUGCAUGCUGGUACCCUUGUUAUUAGAAUAUUACACAGCCUGUACCAAAGAAAUAUGCUUCCACUACAUGUGCCAGUCUAUGACUAGAUGCAAUAUGCAUUAUAGCACUCAUGUUGUUAGCAGUUUUAAGAUAGUACACAUGCUAAUACUAAAGUUUGAAUAGGAUUAUUUGUGAAUUGACAAAUGAAACUCUGCUCACCAGAAUAUUGAUGACUCUGGCACGUGAACUUGCCCGUGCAGUUCAUAUGGUCCCUUGUAUGCUCCUUAAAUUUUAUAUGUUUAGAUCAUUAGAAACCCAAAAGUAUAUUUUACACAUCCCCACCUGAUCUCAGUCAGUGUUUUACUGUAUUCUAAUUGCUAAUACCAUUGUUGGUUAGUUUGCAGACUGGAACUAAUGUUUUAGUUAUAAAAGACCGGUUAUGAUUGCAGUACAUUUACAAUCAUCCAUGUAGAAGGGGCCUCAAUGGCUGAGUGGUUAAGGUUGCUGACUUCAAAUCACUUGCCCCUCAUUGAUGUGGGUUCGAACCACACUCGGGGCGUUGAAUUCUUCAUGUGAGGAAGCCAUCCAGUUGGCUUACGGAAGGUUGGUGGGGUCUUCCUCGACCAUUAGAGCUGGAAAGUCGCUAUAAUUGUGUCGAUGCGACAUUAAACCCAACACAAUAAAUAAAUAAAUAAAUGUAGAAAUUCCUGUUUCUAUUGUAUGAUGUGAUAGUGUUGAAAUAAUUCUACAGAUAGAACUAAAGUAGAAUCUGUACAUCUGUGUUAUUUUAUGUUAGUUGAUUAUAACAGUUGCUUGCAUUUGAUGGAAUAAAUUAAUUUGGUAUGAUGUAUGUACUUAACGAUAUGAUGGCUCUAUUUAAUCAUUUAAGUUAUAUAGUAUAUGGAUAUAUUUUUUGAUUUCUGAUCACCUGCAAUCUUUUGUCUGAAAGGAGGUACAAAGGAAGCAAAAUAUCUGGACAGCCAGGGAAUCAGUACAGCAAAAUUGAUUUGAAUCUCUUGUUUUUAUGUUGUUUGAUCACAUUUUAGUUGUGUUUUCAUGAUCAUAUGUUACGAUCACUCAUUGUUUUAAGGUUCGUGUUUAGCAAGUUCGAAUCAAGUAAUAGUAUUGCACCACCAGUUUUUAGGGUUCAUAUUUAACAAGUUCAAAUCAGAUAAUAGUAUUGCACCACUAGUUUUUAGGGUUCAUGUUUAACAAGUUAGAAUCAAGUAAUAGUAUUGCACUACUAGUUUUUAGGGUUCAUGUUUAACAAGUUCGAAUCAAGUAAUAGUAUUGCACCACCAGUUUUUAGGGUUCAUGUUUAACAAGUUCGAAUCAAGUAAUAGUAUUGUACUACAAGUUUUUAGGGUUCAUGUUUAACAAGUUCGAAUCAAGUAAUAGUAUUGCACUGCCAGUUUUUAGGGUUCAUGUUUAACAAGUUCGAAUCAAGUAAUAGUAUUGCACUACUAGUUUUUAGGGUUCAUGUUUAACAAGUUCGAAUCAAGUAAUAGUAUUGCACUGCCAGUUUUUAGGGAUCAUGUUUAACAAGUUCGAAUCAAAUACUAGUAUUGCACCGCCAGUUUUUAAGAUUCAUGUUUAACAAGUUUGAAUCAAAUACUAGUAUUUCACUGCCAGUUUUUAGAUUUCUAUAAAUAGCUUCUGAAAUUCUUGUAAGGUUGUGUAUGAUCUCAAAUACAUUUCAUUUCCAGGAAAUCCUUGUGUAAAGUUUAUUCAUUGUACAUAGAUUCUGUUUUCAUUGUUUUGUGUCAGUAUGCCCAUGUUGCCAGGACAGAACACACAAAAAGCUAUAUUUCCUUCUCCAUUAUACAUAAAUUUCAGUGUUAUUUGGUAGCACAGAAUAAUUUGCCAAGUUUGCUGUAGUGGUCCAUUCAAAUGUUCAUUUUAAUAUAUAAUGCCAUUUUUCUGCCAGAUAUAAACUUCAUAAUGAUUCUUGCCUCUAUUAAAGAGGAACAUUUUAGGAAGAUUUUGAGCAGCUUGAUCUCCUUCCCAGCUUAUUUCUUGACUGUUUGGUAACUGUUUGGUAAAAUGAAAGUGAAAGUAGGUAUUUCCUGUUAUCUCCCUAUACGAUGAUAGCAUUUUAAUGUUAUUAUUAAGAGCCAACAAUGGAGAAUGAAGGGGAACAUGUCAGAUGAAAAAAUUACUGUUAUUAUGUGAACUUUUUCAAAUAAAAAAUUUGCUUUUGUACGUUUUUGCUGUAUACCUAUAUGCAAGUGCUUUUUAUAAUAAUGUUUACAUUAUUAAGUAAACAUCAAAUUAGUCACUUUUUAGCUCAUCUGAUUUUUUGAAAAAAAAUGAUGAGUUAUUGUCAUCACUUGAGCGGUUGUCGGCGUCGGCGUCUGCGUCGGCGUUGCCUGGUUAAGUUUUAUGUUUAGGUCAGUUUUUCUCCUAAACUAUCAAAGCUAUUGCUUUGAAACUUGGAUACUUGUUCACCAUCAUAAGCUGACCCUGUAUAGCAAGAAACAUAACUCCAUCUUGCUUUUUGCAAGAUUUAUGGCCCCUUUUGUACUUAGAAAAUAUCAGAUUUCUUGGUUAAGUUUUAUGUUUAGGUCAACUUUUCUCCCAAACUAUCAAAGCUAUUGCUUUGAAACUUGGAAUACUUGUUCACCAUCAUAAGCAGACCCUGUACAUCAAGAAACAUAACUCCAUCUUGCUUUUUGCAAGAUUUAUUGCCCCUUUUGGACUUAGAAAAUCAGUUUUCUUGGUUAAGUUUUAUGUUUAGGUCAGCUUUUAUCGUAAACUAUCAAAGCUAUUGCUUUAAAACUUGCAACACUUGUUCACCAUCAUAAGUUGACCCUGUACAGCAAGAAACAUAACUCUGUCCUGCUUUUUGCCAGAUUUAUGGCCCCUUUUGGACUUAGAAAAUAUCAGAUUUCUUGGUUAAGUUUUAUGUUUAGGUCAACUUUUUCUCUUAAACUAUCAAAGCUAUUGCUUUGAAACUUGCAACACUUGUUCACCAUCAUAAGCUGACCCUGUACAGCAAGCAGCGUAACUCCAUCCUGCUUUUUGCAAUAAUUAUUGCCCCUUUUGGACUUAGAAAAUCAUUUUCUUGGUUGAGUAUUAUGUUUAAGUCAACUUUUCUCAUAAACUAUCAAAGCUAAUGCUUUAAAACUUGCAACAGUUUUUCACCAUCAUAAGUGGACACUGUACAUCAAGAAACAUAACUCUAUCCUGCUUUUUGCAAGAAUGACGGCCCUUUUUAGACUUAGAAAAUCAUGGGUAGGACAAUAUUUCUAUUACACAAAAAAAAUCAGAUGAGUGUCAGCACCCGCAAGGCGGUGCUCUUGUUAUAAAAUGUUUGAGAUUUAAUUCAUGUACUGGUAGGUGUAGGAUAAUCAUUGUGUUUUUUAAAAUCUGCAUCAGAAGUAUCUGAAUUCAAAACAUUGCAACUUGUAAAUACUAAAUCGAUAAGUGUUGCAAAGUCACUUGAUUUAUUUAUUGAAUAGUUUUUAGUGGAAGCCUAUAAUUAUUAUGUAUAAAGGUUUACUGCAGGAUAAUUGUUCAGGAUGGGAACAUGAACACAUAUUGAAAUGUCAACCUCUCUGACUGUUGCUGGCAACAUCUAAUCUUAUAUUUCUGUUUCUGACCACCUCUAAUAUUUAAAGUUGACUCUUUCCUGGAACCUCAAAUGUUCUGAUAUGACUGUUUAUGACUUCCUAUAAUAUUCUAAAUUGACUGUUUCUGGCAACCUCUAAUACUCUAUGACUGUUUUUGGCAAUGUCUCGAAUAUUCCUUUAAUAUGACUGUUUCUAGCAAAUUUUGUCUCAUUAUUGUUAAUAUUCAUAUAUGAUAAUAAUUUUAUAUCUGUUAUUUCCAGAUUUAUGUUUGGUUGAAUAACAAAAUAAAACCAAUGAUG